AUGGAAUACGUAAAGAUAAUAAUUUUAUUUUGUUCUGAUUAUUAUUUGUUAGUAUAUUCGCAGUCGUAGUCACGAACUCGUGAACUGUUUCUAUAUAUUAUAAUUAUAUUGAUUUAGAGUUUUAUUUAAAAAUAUUUAAAAAUGAAUGUUCAAGAAGAGUUUAUUUAUGACCCGGAUGUAAAUGUCAUUCCUUCUACACCUGAUUCUACGGGAAUAAUUGACGAAGAAGAGGCUUUUCUUCAACAAGACGAUUUGAUGCAUACAGAGACAUUAGAUAUUAAUUCAUUACCCGUGGUUUUUGAAGAUGGUUUUGAAUGCAAUGAGAAUGAAAUAUCUAUAAGUGAAGAAGAAGAAAUGUAUACGAAAUUUGGAGAUGUAAGGAAGAGGAAAAAAUAUGCGAUCAGCAUAUCUAGCAGAAAACAAAAAAAAAUUGAACAGCAAAAAAAAAAUCAUGUAGUACAACUAGGAUGUGACAGAGAAACGUGUAGAUUAAAAUGUAUUUUAAAUAUAAUUGAAAAUAGACGCAAGGAUAUUAAUUAUCAGUAUUGGGAAAUGAACUGGCAAGAUAGAAGAUCGUUUGUACAUAGCACUUGUGAAAGCUCCGAAACUAAUAAAAAUUCUAAAAAUGAAAUUACAAAAAGGAAAAAUGUGUUUAAAUUUUUUUUAACAAACAGUGAUGGUUUACGAAUUCAAGUUUGUAAACCAUUCUUUUUAAGUACGUUGGGUUUUAAGAAAACUAAUGAUAGGGUAUUAGAUGUCCUUAGAUCUACACCUAAAGGUAAAAUUAAACCUUAUAUCGAUGGUCGUGGAAGACAAUUGUCUGUAAAUAAAUAUAAACAUUUAGAUUUAGUGGAAAAUCAUAUAGAAUCGUUCAAUCCAACAAUUUCCCACUAUCGCCGUGAACACGCGCCUAAUGUACGAUACUUGCCAAGCGAUGUUACAAUAAAUUUCAUGCAUCAGAACUUUUUGGAAAAAUAUCCUGAACCUGAUUUUUUUAUUUCAUAUGCAUAUUAUAGAGAUCAAGUAAAAAAAAAAAAUAUCUCGUUUACUCAACUUGGACACGAAGAAUGUGAGGUUUGUGAGAGUCUCAAAAUUCACGAGCAUUCUAAAGACCAAAUGGUACCUGAUUUUACUGUGUGCGCGACUUAUUUAACCCACAUAAAAAAAGCUAAUGCUGCUAGAUCAUUAUAUCAAGAACAUGCCAAAAAUAACUAUAACGAUGAAAAGUCAAUUUAUUUUUCAGUCGAUUUGCAAAAAAUAAUAAUGCUACCUAGGUUAGACACUUUUAAAAAAGUUUUGUUCAUUAAGCGAAUUGUUGCAUACCAUGAAAGCUUCGUACUAGAUUUUUUAAAAAAAAAAUGAAAAUGUCCGGAAUGGCUAGACCUGAACCAUUAAAAGGACCUUGUGGAAUUCCUGUAGGAAAAAAAAACGACAUUCUCAACAAUUUGAAACAAGUCAUUCCACAAAAUAGGAAACAGUUUUGGGAAAAUAUACCAGUUCAUAGUUAAAAAUGUACAUUUUUAAACUUUAAUAUAAAAUAGAAAUAUGUUAAUAUAAUUUAAACUA